AGGAUCUGCGCCUGCGCAAAUUGUAAGGUAAGCUUGGGCGGGAGUUGAGUUGCACACGCGCAAAUUGUGGGCCGCCGCUGCCGGUGGCUGAUUGAGAGGACAGCUCCCGCAAUCUGCUGUCGCAUCCGUCCCGUUAAUGUUUUAUUUCUGCUUGUUUUUCAAUGUCGUUGCACAAAUAACGACACCUGAAAACAAAGCCAAGUAUACUUAUUAAUAAAAAGUGCUCGUUCUGUGAAUCCGCGACAUUGGGAUGCUCAAUUGAUUUGCCUUUAUAAAGACCAAAACACGAAGCAAUUUUUAUUUUUAUUUAUUUAUUAUUUUUUGAAAUGGAGUCUCGUUCUGUUGCCUAGGCUGGAGUGCAGUGGAGCGAUCUCGGCUCACUGCAACCUCCGUCUCCCGGGUUCAAGCGAUUCUCCUACCUCGGCCUCCCAAAUAGCUGGGAUUACAGGCGCGCGCCACCACGCCCGUCUAAUUUUUGUAUUUUUAGUAGAGACGGGGUUUCACCACGUUUGCCAGGCUGGUCUCGAUCUCAGGUGAUCCGCCCGCCUCGGCCUCCUAAGGUGCUGGGAUUAGAGGCGAGCUGCCCGCUCGCCUACCGUUCCAGCCACGCGCCCGGCCGGAAGCUCCGUUUUGUUUUGUUUUGUUUUUUUGAGACGGAGUUUCGCUCUGUCGCCCAGGCUUGAGUGCAGUGGCGCGAUCUCGGCUCACUGCAAGCUCCGCCUCCCGGGUUCACGCCAUUCUCCUGCCUCAGCCUCCUGAGUAGCUGGGACUACAGGCGCCCGCCACCACGCCCGGUUUAUUUUUUGUAUUUUUAGUAGAGACAGGGUUUCACCGUCUUAGCCAGGAUGGUUUCGAUCUCCUGACCUCAUGAUCCGCCCGCCUCGGCCUCCCAAAGUGCUGGGAUCACAGGCGUGAGCCACCGCGCCCGGCCCGGAAGCUCCUUUUUAAAUGUGAUUUAUUACGGGCGGCUUGGGCUAGCAGUGAGGCGUUAAGCCUGAAAGUGAAAAAACCCAAAACGCUCAUCGCUCUCUUCUGCCCAUCUAGCUCAAUCCUCCAGUGCCUCCAGUGCCUUUGCCAUAGCUUUAGGUAGGUUCUCAGUCUCGGCGCUUAAAUAGCGAGAACUCACGAGAUUAGACGCAAAACUAACCAGGACAGCUCCCAAGUACCCACUCGCUUUCGUCUCGGGUCUAACACGCGCGUCGCCUCGGGCCCUAGUACGCGUGCGCGCUUGUGACUCCGCCCCUUUGCCCGGAGCUACUUCCUCAUGCUGCCCGCUCGCCUGCAGUUCAGACUGCUGAGACUUUUCUUUCGUGGAUUCGCUCCCACGGCAGCGCGCCAUGGCCUCCGGGAGCCGCUCUUGGGGAGGAGGCGCGCUGCCGCCGCCUCCUUCCAGCACUCAUCGAGUCUGGGACGCGAGCUUCCUUAUGACCCCGUGGACACGGAGGGCUUUGGAGAAGGCGCUGACAUGCAGGAGUGUUUUCUGUUCCCGGAGUACAUCCCGGAGCCGGAACCGGAGCCCACCCGCGAAGAGCAGAUGCAGGAGCUCCAGCAACAGCAGGAGGAGGAGGAGCGACAGAGGCAGCAGCGGCGGGAGGAGCGGCGACAGCAAAACCUACGGACCAGGCCCCGGGAGCACCCGGUCGUGGGGCACCCGGACGCGGCAGUGCCGCCCAGCGGCGUGAACUGCUCGGGCUGCGGGGCAGAGCUGCACUGCCAGGACCCCGGCGUGCACGGCUACCUGCCCUGCGACAAGUUCCUCCACACGGCGGAGGCAGACGGCGGGCUGGCGCGGACCGUGUGCCAGCGAUGCUGGCUGCUGGUGCACCACCGGCGCGCUCUACGCCUGCAGGUGAGCCGCGAGCAGUACCUGGAGCUGGUGAGCGCCGCGUUGCGGCGGCCCGGGCCUUCCCUGGUGCUCUACAUGGUGGACCUGCUCGACCUGCCCGACGCCCUGCUGCCCGACUUGCCCGCGCUGGUGGGCCCCAAGCAGCUGAUCGUGCUGGGAAACAAAGUGGACCUCCUGCCCCAGGAUGCUCCUGGCUACCGGCAGAGGCUGCGGGAGCGACUGUGGGACGACUGUGCCCGGGCCGGGCUCCUGCUGGCCCCUGGCCACCAAGGGCCACAGAUCCCCGUCAAGAACGAGCCACAGGACGGGGAGAAUUCGAAUCCGCCGAACUGGUCCCGCACCGUGGUCAGAGACGUGCGACUGAUCAGCGCCAAGACCGGCUAUGGAGUGGAAGAGUUGAUCUCUGCCCUUCAGCGCUCCUGGCGCUACCGUGGGGACGUCUACUUAGUGGGCGCCACCAACGCCGGCAAAUCCACUCUCUUUAACACGCUCCUGGAGUCCGAUUACUGCACCGCCAAGGGCUCCGAGGCCAUCGACAGAGCCACCAUCUCCCCUUGGCCAGGUACUACAUUAAACCUUCUAAAGUUUCCCAUUUGCAACCCAACUCCUUACAGAAGGUUUAAAAGACAUCAAAGACUUAAAAAAGAUUCAACUCAAGCUGAAGAAGAUCUUAGUGAGCAAGAACAAAAUCAGCUUAAUGUCCUGAAAAAGCAUGGUUAUGUCGUAGGAAGGGUUGGAAGGACAUUCUUGUAUUCAGAAGAACGGAAGGAUACAGUUCCCUUUGAGUUUGAUGCUGAUUCACUUGCCUUUGACAUGGAAAAUGAACCUGUUAUGGGUACGCACAAAUCUACCAAACAAGUAGAAUUGACUGCACAAGAUGUGAAAGAUGCCCACUGGUUUUAUGACACCCCUGGAAUUACAAAAGAAAACUGUAUUUUAAAUCUUCUAACAGAAAAAGAAGUAAAUAUUGUUUUGCCAACACAGUCCAUUGUUCCAAGAACUUUUGUGCUUAAACCAGGAAUGGUUCUGUUUUUGGGUGCUAUAGGCCGCAUAGAUUUCCUGCAGGGAAAUCAGUCAGCUUGGUUUACAGUCGUGGCUUCCAACACCCUCCCUGUGCAUAUCACCUCCUUGGACAGGGCAGACACUCUGUAUCAGAAGCAUGCAGGUCAUACGUUACUCCAGGUUCCAAUGGGUGGAAAAGAACGAAUGGCAGGAUUUCCUCCUCUUGUUGCUGAAGAUAUUAUGUUAAAAGAAGGACGGGGGGCAUCUGAAGCAGUGGCAGACAUCAAGUUUUCCUCUGCAGGUUGGGUUUCAGUAACACCUAAUGUUAAGGACAGACUGCAUCUCCGAGGCUAUACACCUGAAGGAACAGUUUUGACCGUCCGGCCCCCUCUCUUGCCAUAUAUUGUUAACAUCAAAGGACAGCGCCUCAAGAAAAGUGUGGCCUAUAAAACCAAGAAGCCUGUUUCCCUUGUAUUCAACGUGCGGAAGAAGAAAGGACAGAUAGAUGUAUGAGACCGACCUUGUUCACUCCAGAUAUUAACUGUAUUGAACACAAGAAUAUACAUUGAAAUUGUGUUAAACAUAUUAAACAUAAAUAAAGCUCCCACUCUCACCCU